AAAAUCCCUACUUUUAUAGGUUAUGUUUAAUUAUAAUUUGAUGGUUAUUUUCCAAACAAGAUGUGGAAGUCUUUAAUGAAACUUGCAACUCCCUUGGCAAAAAACGACAAUGCUUUGUUAUCAGGGGAACACCUCUUACAUCAGCAAUUAAGAACAACUUUUAUCGUAAAACGCCGUAUAGAGCCCUUCCUAGCUAAACAAGGAGAGCCUUUGAAGAAACUGAAAACCAGACAUUACCUUUAUGAUCUUGUUAAGGAUACUAGCAAUGAAAAAAAGCCGGAUUUGGAGCUUAUUUUAACUUCUUAUGUAGAAGGUUUGGGAAAUGUGGGUGAUAAAGUAUCAGUUCGGGCAAAUUAUGCUUAUAAUGAGCUUUUAUUACCUGGUCGGGCUGUUUAUGCAACGCCCGAAAAUGAAGAAAAAUUUAAAAAUACAGAGAUAAGAAAUGUGAGACAUUUCAGUUCCCCACAAGCUCUUGUUAUGAUGAAAAUUUUAUCCAAAAUUUGUUUGUCUAUCGUUAUGAAUAAAGAUUCACCUUGGACUCUUCAACCCUGGCAUAUUAGAACUUCAUUUAGAAAAUGCGGUUAUGUGGUACCUGAAUAUGCGAUAACAAUGCCUAAGCAGGAAAUUAAAGGCCCUGAUUUGAACCUUGAAGGGAAAGAAUUUUAUAUAAUUGUUACGAUAAACAAAACGGAAACAGUUAAAGUCAGAUGUAGAAUCCACCACUGGAGUACUGAUAUAACCAAUCGAUUACCAUAUGAUGAAGAGGGAUUUUGGAAAAAGCCAGCAGAAUUAUUAUUUCCUGAUGAUGAAUUAGCGAAAGUAGAAACGACAAAAAUUGAUUAACUUUAUUUAGAAUAAAAUUACAAUUUCUUGUUUUUGUCAGAAACUGUGUAUUUGUCGUAUGUCUUUGUUGGGUCGUAAGGUUCCCACCUGCUAGCAGGAAAGAUAUGUUUGUUUCUUUCAUACCAACUUCUCAGCAGAACUUUACCGGCGUGUGACUCUUCCUUUUCAACGGAAGCGUCACUUACCAAUCUGACAUCAUCAUGGACAUCAAACUGGAAAAGAGGGCCACUUUUGCCUCGUGCCUAUAAUAGUCAUUGUUAAACAAUUCUUAAUAAAACACUUAAACCAA